AUGUCUCCAGGGCCUCCAAGUCACCAUGGCUCCAAGCCUCCAGGACUCCAUGUCCCUAUGCCUCUGGCUUCUAAGCCUCCAAGAUCUCGUGCCCCAUGUCUCCAUGCCUCCAAGGCUCCAUGCCUUCGGCUCCAAGCCUCCAAGCAGCCGGCCUCCAAGCACUCCAAGCCUCCGUGGCCUCAAAGCCUCAAUGUCCCCAUGCCUCCUGGCCUCCAUGUUCGCAUUGCUCCAAGCCUCCAAGCUUCCAUGUCCCUAUGCCUCCAAGCAUCCCAAGUCCCAAUGCAUCCAAGUCUACAAGCCUCCCAGUCCCUUUGCCUUCAAGCCUCCAUGACCCCAUGCCUCCCACGUCUCCAUGCCUUCAAGCCUCCAAGCCUCCAAGCAACCAAGUUUCCAAUCCUCCAAGUCUCCAAGCUUCCAUGUCAUCAUGUCUCCAAAGCUCAAGUGCCUAUGUUCCCGUUCCUCCAUGGCCCCAUUUUCUCCAUUCCUCCAUGGCCCAGCAUGCCCCAAGCCUCCAAGGCCUCCAAGCCUCCAAGCCUCCAAGCCUCCGGUCCCCGUGCCUUCCAGUUCCCAUGCCUCCCAGGCUUCCGGGGUCCCCAUGGCUCCAAGCCUCCAAGCCUCCAUGUCCCCACGGUCCAAAGCCUCAAAGUCUCAUUGUCCCCAUGCCUCCAGGCCUCCAGGGGCCUCCAUGUCCCCAUGCCUCCAAGCCUCAAUGUCCCCAUUCCUUCAAGCCUCCAUGUUUGCAUGCUUCCAAACCUCCAAGCCUCCGUCCAUGCCUACUCCUCCCAUGCCUCCAAAUCCUGA